AGGGCAUUUUAUUUUAGCUUCUCCAUAUAAAACCCAGUAAUCCCUUCACUCGCCUUACACCGCCCCCAAUCUCCCUCAAGGCUGAAGCGUAGGGUUUUUCCUCCCGAGAGCAGCAGAUCUUAAUCCGCCUCGGUGAUCUGUCAAUAUGUUCUCCUCAAGGAAGAAAAUCCACAAAGACAGAGAUGUUGAGCCCACUGAAUUUGAGGAUACAGUUGCACAGUACCUAUUUGAUUUGGAGAAUACCAAUCAGGAGCUAAAAAGUGACUUGAAAGAUCUCUACAUUAAUUCAGCAGUUCAAAUGGACAUUUCUGGAAAUCGCAAGGCUGUGGUUAUCCACGUACCUUACAGAUUACGGAAGGCAUUCGGCAAGAUUCAUCUUCGUCUUGUUAGGGAGCUGGAGAAGAAAUUCAGUGGCAAGGAUGUUGUUGUGAUUGCCACCCGCAGGAUUGUACGACCACCAAAGAAAGGUUCUGCUGCUCAGAGGCCUCGCUCCCGCACACUAACAUCUGUCCAUGAUGCUAUGUUAGAGGACAUUGUGCAUCCUGCUGAGAUUGUUGGGAAACGCAUCAGAUACCGAAUUGAUGGUUCCAAAGUAAUCAAGGUAUUUUUGGACCCCAAGGAGAGGAACAACACGGAGUAUAAACUGGAGACGUUUUCUGGUGUUUACAAGAAGCUGACUGGGAAAGAUGUAUCAUUUGAAUACCCGAUAGCUGAGGCCUGAACUGGCUAAAAUAUAAAUUGGCUUUUGUGUUCGGAAACUGUUAUGGUAUUUUAGGUUUAUUUAAUUGCAUUGAAUGAAAUUCUGUUUAAAAAUUUUGACACUGAAAAGAGGUUUUAUGUCUUUUUUGGGACCAAUGAAGACUCAUUUCAAAUUAUUUUUCAA